UAUCCCAUCAUUUUUAGGGUUUCUGUCGGUGUCUCUCCCUCUCUAAAAUCCCACAUCUACUACAGUAAAGCGAAGGGUUUCGAAUUUAGGGUUUUUAUUACUUUCCACGUGUUUUCUUAGAAUUAGCCCCUCUGCUAAGUUUAGCGGUAAUUUUAGGGCAUCUUCCGCUAAAUUUAGCCAAGAAUUUUGGCAUGAGACAGGCAGAGGUGACGCCCGUCCCUACACAAAAUCGUAAUAGUUUUGGCGCCUUCUCCAACCCUCUAUCUAAAUCCUUAUCCAGAGCUGAGAAGAAUCCUCGUCCGCUUAUUUCAAAUCUCCAUUAUUUUAUCAAACAUUUUUUCAUUUUCUCUCUCCUUCCUAUUGCUUUGCUUUAUCUGCCUAAAACUUGUUAGCGGAGAAGCCGGACCACUGGUUCUAGGGUUUUAUCCUUUGGGUCCCUCUGAAUCCCAUCUUCGGAAUCCUUUAGGUUCUUCCAAUGUCGUAAUUUCAUAUAUUGGGUUUUGAUUCUUACCUCGAUAAAGAUAUUGGGUUGUCGUUGAAUUUCAAAAUUUUGGAUAUUGGGGUUUGAUUCUCCCCUGAAAGGCGGGUUUGGGUUUUGAUUGUAUUUUAAAGUUUCGAAGAUUGGGUUUUGAUUUUAGGGUUGUUAUUGUCAUGGCGGCUUCUCUAUUUGAGAUUGUGCAGAGUCCGAGUCUUGGAAAUGUGGUGGUGGAGCUAGGGUCAGUUUUGGGUCCUCUAUGGAUUGCUGUUUUGGUUGGGUUAUUGGUGGGCUGGGUUUGGAAACCAAAAUGGGCGGAUUCAGCUGGUUUAUUGGUUCAACCAAUUUGUGGUUUUGGCUUUAAUUCUUUUUCGCGUUUGAAUUCUCUGAAGGUUCAGCUACCAGAUUGCAUUACAAGGAAACAUGAUGAGAGAGCUGCCCCUGAAGAGAUUCUAACCGUGAACUCUGAGAACAAUUCAUCUCAAUCCAACCGUGAUGAACCAGUUGUUACAACGGAGGAUUUAGAACAUUUAUGCCAGCUUGUUGAGGUGAAGGAUGGUGGUCCUGCAUGGAUACAUAUGAUGGAUCGCUCCACACCAACAAUGAACUAUCAAGCAUGGCGUAGAGACCCUGAGACUGCCCCCCCACAGUAUCGUAGUAGAACAGUCUUUGAGGAUGCAACACCUGAAUUAGUUAGGGACUUCUUCUGGGAUGAUGAGUUUAGAGCCAAUUGGGAUGACAUGCUUAUAUAUUCUGCAACGCUUGAGGAAUGCCCUGUUACUGGAACUAUGAUGGUACAUUGGAUUAGAAAGUUCCCCUUUUUCUGUAGUGAUCGAGAAUACAUGAUUGGCCGUCGCAUUUGGGAGUCAGGACGGUCAUAUUAUUGUGUUACAAAGGGAGUACCAUAUGCUUCCUUACCCAGGCGCAACAAGCCUAGACGAGUCGACCUUUACUAUUCAAGUUGGUGUAUCCGAGCAGUGGAAUCGAAACGAGAUGGCCAACUUACUGCAUGUGAGGUGCUGCUCUUCCAUCACGAGGACAUGGGAAUCCCAUGGGAAAUCGCAAAAUUGGGGGUUCGACAGGGUAUGUGGGGGGCUGUCAAAAAGAUUGAACCAGGCCUGCGUGCCUAUCAAGCAGCCAGAAAGUCAGGUGCCCAGCUCUCUCACUGUGCAUUCAUGGCUCAAAUCAUCAACAAAAUAGAUGCCACGUACUUGGCAUCCUUGGAAUCCGAGUCCUUAGACACGGAUAUACAAAGCUCAGAAGAGAAGCCAUGGGGCAGGAAUAUACCGAAGCUCUUGAUUGUUGGAGGGGCUGUGGCUCUCGCUUGUAGCCUCGAUAGAGGACUCUUGACGAAGGCCGUGAUAUUUGGCGUUGCGAGAAGGUUUGGAAAAUUUGGAAGAAGGUUGUGAUAGAGUGAGAUUAGAACCAGAAUCAGUGUAGAAACCAGAAUCAGUGUCAGAAUGUGCCACCUCCCUGAAGCAUGGGUUUGCGAGAGAGAUACUCGGUAAAGGCGCACCCGAAUUUAUUGCGCUCGUCUUUAAAUGAGUUUUUCCAUCCCCUUUGUUCUUUUCCUCCCGUAAGGGAUGAGUGGAUAUUUUUUUGGUGUAGAAGUACCCAUUGUUUAAAGGUAAAAGGUGAUGUAAUACUUGUAAUCCUUGGAGCUCGUUGUGGACAAUGCCAAUGGGCACAUAUUUAGUCGCAUGGAGUUUUGCGCUUCCUGCUA